AUGGGACUCGGCAGCUACUUCAAGGCUGACAAGCCUGCGGACUCCGUUCCAACGUCAUCUCCAACAACACCCGCCGCAGUGUCAAGCUCAGGCAAGCUGUCCGCUCCUCCACCGAGCCAUGUGCGGCCCUCGGGGCGAUCGCCGAGCGGCAAUGGGGAAAAGAGCGGCAACGACUAUGAGCUGCAGCCGCCAUCUACGCGCUUCAGCUCCCGGCCGGCCAGUAUUUCGGCUCGGUCGUACAGGUCCAACAACAGCUCUCUCAUCGUCGAGGAUAUCAAGCACGAGGUCAUGGUCAACUACAUGUACCAGCAACAGUGCUCCCAGCUCUGGGUCUCUGACGGCAGCGGCGAGGUUGAGGGCGUGCUCCUCCGCAAGUCCAAGGGGCAUUACAUGGCUUGCCCGCCACAACUGGGCACCUCACCAUUUGCAGUUGCUUGUGCGGCGCUCAAUGUUCAGUGCGCCAUGACUGUCAACUCCAGAGUCAUAAGGACAUUCCUACAGUGGAUGCCUGACGCAGUUGACGUGCCGUUGAUGAACGGCCUUCGGGUGCAGAUCUUGCCGACCAUUGAAGACCUUCCACGUGCAAGAAAGCAUCAGUUCGCUGCCUUUGUAGCCUCGGAGGGGCUGCUUGUGGUAUGGGACGAUGAUGCCCUCCACCUCAUCCAGAGGGCAAAGCACAUUGAAGCCGAGUUGAUGGAACUGGUCUGGAAGGCCGGGAACGAAGAAGAAGACGACGAGAAGAAGGGAGGCGGAGACGUGGCCGAGUAUGAGAUUGACGAGGAGAGCGGCGAGAUCAAGCCCGAGAAGCGGCCGGUUCACCUUUUGAACAGCUGGCUCGUCUGCUUCACCCUCGUCCUAGUCACAGUUUCGCUCGGUGCUGCGUGGAGAGAACUCACAAUCCAGGUCCUCGUCGACGGCAGCUACAUCCGUCUGGCCCUCAUUGGACUUGCCCCGCUACAGAUCUUCUUCACUCUUUUCUUCGCUCAGGUCAUUGUCGGUUGCCUGGCACAGAUAUUUGGCCCUGUCCGACAGCUAACCAUCAACUCCAAGUUUUACUCGGCUCGCACUCCUCCGAGACUGCAAACCGCCAACCUUCCUCACGUCACCGUCCAGUGUCCCGUGUACAAGGAGGGUCUUCAGGGUGUCAUCAUGCCCACAGUCAAGUCCAUCAAGCAGGCCAUGUCCACCUAUGAGCUCCAAGGCGGUUCAGCCAACAUGUUUGUCAACGACGAUGGCCUGCAGCUCAUCACGGAAGAGGAGCGUCGUGCCCGCAUCGACUUUUAUGCCGACAACAGCAUCGGUUGGGUGGCCCGUCCCAAGCAUGGGGAGAACGGCUUCUUGAGACGCGGCAAGUUCAAGAAGGCGUCGAACAUGAACUUUGCCCUCAUGAUCUCGUGCAAGGUCGAGGAGGAACUAGAAAAGGUCCAGCGUGGCCCCGAGUGGACGCAACACGAUGAGGCUCAGGCUUAUGAACACGCUCUGAAGGAGGUCCUGGAGAAGGAUGGUCGUGCCUGGGCUGAUGGUAACAUCCGUGUCGGUGACUACAUCCUCAUUAUCGAUUCCGACACGCGUGUUCCCGCCGACUGCCUCCUUGAUGCCGUCUCCGAGAUGGAGCAAUCACCCGACGUCGGCAUCAUGCAGUUCUCCUCGGGCGUCAUGCAGGUUGUGCACACAUACUUUGAGAAUGGUAUUACCUUCUUCACCAACUUGAUCUACUCGGCUAUCAGAUACACCGUCUCCAACGGCGAUGUGGCGCCCUUUGUCGGUCACAAUGCUAUGCUCCGCUGGUCCGCAAUCCAACAGGUUUCGUACGAGGACGAAGACGGAUACGAAAAGUUUUGGUCCGAGAGCCACGUGUCUGAAGACUUUGACAUGUCACUCCGACUGCAGUGCGCCGGAUACAUCAUCCGCUUGGCAGCCUGGGCUGGCGAAGGCUUCAAGGAAGGUGUAUCGCUGACCGUGUACGACGAGCUGGCGCGAUGGGAAAAGUACGCCUACGGCUGCAACGAGCUGUUGUUCCACCCGAUCCGCAAGUGGCUUUGGAAAGGCCCCUUCACGCCUCUGUUCCGCCGCUUCCUCUUUAGCAACAUCCGCUUUACAUCCAAGAUCACGGUCAUCUCGUACAUCGGAACUUACUAUGCUAUCGGCGCGGCCUGGAUUAUGACUUGUGUCAACUACUUCCUGAUGGGCUGGUACAACGGUUACUUGGACAAGUACUACGUCGACAGCUGGAAGGUCUGGUUCUCAAUCAUCAUUGUCUUCAAUGGACUCGGAAACGUUGCACUUGCUCUGAUGCGAUACAGGCUGGGCGAGCGGAGCCUCUUGUACGCAUUCUAUGAGAACUUCAAGUGGACUUUGAUGUUGGCCAUCUUCCUCGGUGGUCUAUCGCUUCACGUGUCCCAGGCGCUUCUGGCGCACAUGUUUGAGAUCAACAUGACAUGGGGUGCAACGUCUAAGGAGGCCGAGUUUUCCAACUUUUUCAUUGAGGUUCCCAAGGUUUUGAAGAAGUUCAAAGUCUCCAUGCUUUUCUCGACCAUCUUCAUCGCCGGCAUGGUGAUACUCGCCGUCGCGCCCUUCGUGCCGCAUGACUGGCGCAUCACAGACUUUGUGGCUAUUCUUCCCAUGGCUACGAUUGCGGCCUCACACUUUUUGCUGCCGCUGGCCCUCAACCCUGCUCUCAUGACGUUUUCGUGGUAA